AUGGUAAAACAUCAUUGGAACCUGCUAACUGUAAUUUUAAUUCUCCUUAUGUUUCCUGGUAACACAGGUAAUUAUUGCACAUCAAGAUCAAAGCAACUGCACACGGUCAGUUCUUCUACUGAACUCCUGGAUCAUUCAGUUGAUGGAGACAUUAUAAUAGGUGGCAUUUUGCAAAUCUUUUUGUUUUCUUCUGGUGGAUAUUAUGAUUUUCAUGAUGUCCCUGAUGAAGUAUGUUGUGUUGGGCCAUCAUUUCAGUACCUGGCCCACCUCUUGGCCUUUGUUUAUGCUAUAAAGGAGAUCAAUAACAAUUCAAAACUUUUACCCAACGUUACUCUAGGAUACCAUGUCUAUGAUGCAUGUACCAGUGAAGUAAUGGCAUUAAUGAGCACUUUAAGUUUAAUAUCCAAGGAUGGAAAUCCAUUUCUCAAUUAUAUCUGUCAACAAGAUCAAAAGUUGGUGGCAUUUGUUGGACACUUGUUAUCAUCUCCAACUCACACAACUGCAGAAAUCACUCAGUUCUAUGGAUACCCUCAGAUAAGUUAUGGAGCUCUGGAUUCUGUGUUUAAUGAUCGUGUUCACUUUCCAUCUGUCUAUCGUACAGUUCCCAAUGAGUAUUCCCAGUUCACAGUUAUCAUAAAAUUACUGAAGCACUUUGGAUGGACUUGGGUGGGAAUCAUUGCAUCAGAUGAUGAGAGCAAUCACCAAGCCAGUGAGGAGCUGAAAAAGGAAAUGGGGAGAAAAGGAAUUUGUGUGGAUUUUUUAAAACUUAUAUCAAAUUCACCUAAGUUAGUGAAAGAAAGUGCUACUAAAUCUAUUGAAGUCAUUAAACAUUCCAGUGUCAAAGUGAUUAUAUUAUUCUUAAGAGCUAGCACUUUGCUAGUAUUGCUUAACUCAGACACUUACAAACUGAUAUCAGAAAGGGUUUGGAUUAGUUCAGUAGGCCUUGAUAUUGUUGCAGCAUAUGAGUUUAAGACAUUUCUGUAUUCCAUUAAUGGAUCAUUUUUAAUUUCCCUUCCAAAGGGAGCCAUCCCUGGAUUCAAUAACUUUCUUUCUCAAGCUAUUUGGAGUGAUAUUCUUGAGAACACAUUUGUAAAAUUAUUUUGGGGACUCACUAUUGGAUGUUUAGCGGUCUUCAAUUACAGUGCCCAGAAUUUUACAUGUCCAGAUGAACACAAAAUAGAAGACUAUUUAUUACAAGAAGAGACAAUUAACCACCGUAUUAAAUAUACCAUAUACAUGGCUGUGUAUGCUUUAGCACAUGGUUUAGAUGCAGUACAUUCACUGAUAGAGUUGUCAUCAAAAGGAAAUAUUGGCAAAAUUAGAUCAAAGUUAAACUACUACCUGAAAAACAUUGUGUUUAAAAUGUCAUCUGAAGAGGAAAUUUUCUUCACUAAAGAUGGAAAUAUCCCAGGAAAGUUUGACAUUUUGAACUGGGUUAUUUAUGAAAAUGGAACAAUCAAGAAGAUUAGUGUGGGUAGAUUCCUCCCAGGUAGUCAACACCUCAUUACUGAGAAGAAUGCAAUUGCCUGGAGUCCUUAUUUUCAAAAGACUCCUAUAUCACUGUGCACUGAUAAGUGUUCUUCUGGUCACCGAAAAGCUCAUCAGACUGGGAGGCCAUCAUGCUGCUUUGACUGUCUUCCAUGUCCUGAAGGCGAAAUUUCUAAUUCUUCAGAUCUGGAAACCUGCGUGAAAUGUCCUGAGGAUCAAUGGUCUAAUCCAGUUAGGAAUCAGUGCAUUAAAAAAACAAUAGACUAUCUCACCUAUGGAGAUGUCUUAGGAUAUACAAUGUCUGGCUGUGCUUCAGUCUUUAUUGUUUUUACAGCUGCAGUGUUUUUGGUCUUUAUAACACACAGAGGAACUCCUAUAGUUCGUGCCAAUAAUGAGAACAUCAGCUACAUACUGCUUAUGGCUCUUCUGAUGUUAUUCCUUUGUAGCUUCAUGUUCAUUGGACAUCCAACUGGGGUUACAUGCAUACUGAGACAAACUACUGUUAUGUUUGUUUUAUCAAUUGCUAUUUCUUCACUUUUAGGAAAAACAGUAACAGUUCUGGUUGCAUUUAAAGUUACAAAAACAUCAAGCAACUUUAGGAGAUGGGGAAAAAUUAACUAUUCUAUGAGUGUAAUAUUUCUUUUAUCCUUUGGGGAAUUUUUAAUAUGUGUGGUAUGGCUAACUUUGUCCCCGCCUUAUGUAGAGUCUGAUAUCAAAACUAUACCAGGAGAAAUCAUUUUACAAUGUAAUGAAGGUACAAUUAUAAGUUUCUAUCUGGCAGUUUCAUAUAUUGGUGUACUAUCCCUUUGUAGCUUUACUGUAGCUUUCAUUGCUCGCAAGUUACCAGACCGUUUCAAUGAGGCGCAGCACAUAACCUUCAGCAUGCUGGUGUUCUGCAGUGUCUGGGCCUCCUUCAUUCCAACAUACCUGAGUACCAAAGGCAAACACAUGGUUGCAGUGGAGAUAUUUGCCAUUCAGGCCUCUGCAGCGGGUCUGUUAAUUUGUAUAUUUACUCCAAAAUGCUACAUUAUUGUGAUGAAACCAGAACUCAAUGUUAAAGGAAAGUUGAUAAUAAAGUCAAAUUGCAUAUAUACCCAUUGA